ACAAAAAAAGGUGAAUCUGAUAUCGAAGUCAUUAGAGCAGACAAUGAUAGCAGGACCACUAAACUUACAAGCGGUAACCAGCACUUGAUGCUUAUUAAAGGAUAUUGCAGUGUUGGCAAAUCAAAUAAGACAGCAGAGGAAAUAAAAAUACUAUGUCAUUCUGAUG